AUGAUGGUCCUGGCGAUGCAAGAGGUGCCAAGAACAGGUCCAGACCAAUACCAAGGGCGGGAUUACUCAUGGGUAGAUGGAGCUCUCCACCAACGACAUCGUCAGCGCGCGCCCUUGCGCCUUGCCAAUGACAUGCACAAAGAUGACCCACAUGAUCUCUCUCUUAUAAGAACUUCAGAGAGAUGCGUCCUUGCCUCCUUCACCGAAAAAUGGUCCCCUCGCCUCGUCGCCGCCAUCAACGACCACCAUGUUAAAGUCGCCAAGAUUGACGGCGAAUUUAUAUGGCAUUCACACCCCGACUCCGAAGAAGUUUUUUAUCUUCUAUCCGGAAAGCUCAAGAUGGAGAUUGAGGGGCAAGAUCCGGUGAUUAUGAACGAAGGCGAUAUGUUUGUGGUUCCAAAGGGUGUUCAGCAUCGGCCCGUUGCCGAGAAUGCGACAAUCAUGAUGAUUGAGCAUGAGAGUACGGUGAAUACGGGGGAUCAGACCGAUUCUGAGAGGACGAAGCAGGUUCAGGAUGCGAGGGUGGAUAGCUGA